UCCUCCACUUCCCUCCUUCCUUUAUCCUUCCGCCCCGUGACAAUGUUCUCCUCUGAGGAUUUCUGGAACUCCACCAAGCGUCUCAGGAUCAACGAGUCUGAUCUGAACUCCUCGCUGGACGGGCACAGGGACAGCGAGGAUGAGGAAGAGCAGCACCCCUUCCUCACGGACGCCUGGCUCGUCCCUCUCUUCUUCUCCCUCAUCAUGCUGGUCGGCCUGAUGGGCAAUUCUCUGGUCAUCUAUGUUAUCUCCAAACACCGGCAGAUGAGAACUGCCACCAACUUCUACAUAGCAAACCUGGCGGCCACUGACAUCAUCUUCCUGGUGUGCUGUGUCCCCUUCACCGCCACCCUCUACCCUCUCCCCGGAUGGAUCUUCGGGGAAUUCAUGUGCAAAUUUGUUGCCUUUCUUCAGCAGGUGACAGUGCAAGCUACCUGUAUCACCCUGACCGCCAUGAGUGGAGACCGCUGUUAUGUCACUGUCUACCCUCUCAAGUCCCUCCGCCACCGCACACCAAGAGUUGCGAUGAUUGUCAGCAUCUGCAUUUGGAUAGGCUCCUUCAUCCUGUCUACUCCCAUUUUCAUGUACCAGCGUAUUGAGGAGGGAUACUGGUAUGGUCCCAGGCAAUACUGCAUGGAGAGAUUUCCCUCAAAGACACAUGAGAGGGCCUUCAUUCUCUACCAGUUUAUAGCUGCCUACCUGCUCCCCGUCCUUACUAUCUCCUUCUGCUACACACUGAUGGUGAAGAGGGUGGGCCAGCCAACGGUAGAGCCUGUAGAUAACAACUACCAGGUCAACCAGUUGUCUGAGAGGACACUCAGCAUACGGAGCAAAGUCUCAAAGAUGGUGGUGGUUAUUGUCCUACUGUUCACAGUCUGCUGGGGUCCCAUCCAGUUCUUUGUCCUCUUUCAGUCCUUCUAUCCUAACUACCGGCCCAAUUAUGCCACCUACAAGAUCAAGACAUGGGCCAACUGUAUGUCUUAUGCCAACUCCUCUGUCAACCCAAUUGUCUAUGGUUUCAUGGGAGCCAGUUUCCAAAAGUCCUUCAAGAGGACUUUCCCUUUUCUAUUCAAACACAAGGUCAGAGAUGGCACCAACACUUCCAGGACCGCCAAUGCCGAGAUCAAGUUUGUUGCUGCAGAGGAAGGCAACAACAACAACAACGAUGCGAAUUAA